AUGGAAGCAACGAAACUGGGCUUUCUGUGGUUGGUGUGUGUUCUCUUCUCUCUCUCUGUGCUCUCUCUCUCUCUCUCUCUCUCUCUCUUCUCUCUUCUCUCUUCUCUCUUCUCUCUCUCUUCUCUCUCUUCUCUCUUCUCUCUUCUCUCUCUCUCUCUCUCUCUCUCUCUCUCUUCUACAUGUGGUCAAGGCAGCGCUAGUGAAUGUCCCGUCUCAUCAGAUCGCCUGCCCGCUGAUCAGUUGGUCUUGGGUUUGGUGCCACACAACGGCACCUCUACCACCUUUGCUGAGCACUGCUUGGUCCCAGAAUGGAGAGCGAGUGCCAAUCAUCACCUUGUCUGCCAAUAUGCAACCCGCUUGGGAGGCCAUGUGACAGCGACCGCAAGAACUAGCAAGGAUAAAUUGUAUCUCAGCUCACAAAAACAGCUUGUGGCGGUGGCGGAGCACAGUGGCAGUUUGGCAGAUCGUAGCCAAGAGCUGACUGGAGGGCUGGGAUACAACGUGAUCUUUGCCGAGCAGUGGCGUAGAGAGAGCGAUGUAACGCGGCGCGCUCCAGGUGCAAUGGAUCGCUCAGACUCCGCCACCACCCUGGAGAGCGAGGAAGAUGGUCCUGAGGAUGGGGCUGGCGGUGCCUCCUUGCCCCUUCUGACCGAUCUUCUGGCCUGCCUGGCCGUGGGUGGUGUUUUGGUGGUGGAAGAGCGGCUGAGGUUGACGGAGGCGGAAGAGGAACUGUUGGUGGAUGCAGGAGCUACCGUGCAGUAUUAUUCUCCCUUCUUAUGGACCCAGGGCACGGCUUUCCAGGGCCACCUGCUGCACAUGCUUCAGGAUAUUGUGCGACUUGUGGCACAAGAUUUGGUACAACCGCACUUGGAACGCACCGUCUCCCUAGCAGAGUUGGCAGCCCAGUGGAGCGACUUGACGCACGCCCAUCGUGGACCCGGUAGCUUGGUAUCCGCCGCCCCAAAAAUGAACCGCGCGGCACAAUUGGGUAACCCCAUCCUGCCCCUUGUGCCGACGGCAGCGCCAUCUGCUCACGGUACGUGUACACGUACGUACCCGUACAUGUACAUCCAGCCUGCCGAGCAAAACACGUCCACGGCCACAAGCAAGACCACUCUGCCGUGGUUGGAUGUUUGCGCUGCACUGCCGUUCCUCACCAUUCCCUGCCGUCUGCUCAAAGUGACUGCCGACCAUUGCCACAUUGGUGCCCUGCCCGCCCCUACCCCCUAUCAUCAAGCCGCCGCAGCCGUCUUGUUCUCUCUUGUAACUCUUCAGUGGCUUCUCUUUCUCUCUCUCUCUCUCUUUCUCUCUUUCUCUCUCUUUCUCUCUCGUUCUUUCUCUCCCGUGUCUCUCAUGGUUGUCUGA